GGGAGGGCAGAUCACCGAGCGACAUCCACCUAGCCGCGACAUUUAAUAAGAGGGGAUCCGGCGUGUCGAUCUUCUCGUCUCCUCGAAGUGAAAUGACUGCCUUCCGAAAUCGUGGACAAGCCCACCAAUCGGAGGCGCCAGCUUUUGCCGUACCGUCAGGGCACAACACCGGUAAUAUCAGCGACAAUGACAACAGAGGCAGCACGCGGUGUAUGGAAGCCAUCGCCGUUGUGCUCAAUCAAUCAUCGCCGAGGGGAGGGAUCAGAGAACCCCCGUUCAUCUCAUCCACGCUGCAGCUGCAAUUGGCGUGCUUGGAGCUAUGCGGGGUGUGUCGAAGCCUGCCAUCCCUGCACGUAAAGGUGCCGGAAACCCUGCCCGCAUGCUUGUCGGUUGCUCCGACUUCUGACGACGACGCCGGCGAUCACGACAACGGCGUUCAGUGGCAGGAUCUAUUUUCCACUCUCCGUUCCUUGCGCCGAUGGUAUCCCGGCGGGGAUUCACGACAGGGGGACGGCGUGACCCUGAACCGCGUCCCGCCCCUUCUCCCAUUCAGCGUAACAUGUGGGCUUUCGAGCUUGCCUCGCUCUAGUAGUAGUCGCACGGCCGACCUGUGGACUGGCGUGGAGCGACUGCGGCUGGAAUUUUCUCUCUCAGAGACGAGCAGUUGGAAGGACUCGUCUGUGGUGAUGCUGCCGAGAAGACUCAAGCAGCUUCUGUUUGUCUCGAGCUCCUUCGUUCCGAAUUUUCAACUUCCGGUGGCGGUGUUGUCGUCACCGCCGCCGCUCCUUCUCAAGCUAUUUGUCAACGGGAGUUUCGAGGUGCCGGUUGCAGACGUUCCGUGGCCCCCCUCUCUUACCCAGCUUUCAUUCGGAGCUAGGUUUCAACAACGCUUGGGGAGAGGGGGGGCUUGCAGUGCUGGUGAUGGUGAUAGUGAUGGUGGUGGUGGUGGUGUUAUCAAAUGGCCAGUGAACUUGCAGCAGCUGUCGUUCUGGCAUCACUUCCAAGAGCCCGUUGCCGAAAUCAAUUGGCCGGCCUCGCUCGAGCGCCUGGCGUUUUUUGGACCUGGCUUCAACGAGCCUCUUGCCGGUGUGGUGUCUUCCUGGCCAUCGCUGCGGAAGCUCGUCCUCGGGAACACAUUCAACCAACCAAUCGCCCAACUUCCGUGGCCAGCCUCCCUACGGGCACUCGAAUUCGGGGACACAUUUAACCAACCCAUCGCCCAAGUAUCGUGGCCAGCCUCCUUGCAGGAGCUCUCUAUGGGCGGAGGGUUCGACGAUAUCGUAGAGGAAGUAAUUUGGCCUUCUUCGCUACGAAAGCUGGAUUUGGGCAAAAGGUUCAACCAUCCCAUCGCCCAAGCUACGUGGCCAGCCUCCCUGGAAGAGCUGGCGUUUGGAGGUUGUGAAGGCAGGUUUAACCGACCCAUCGCCCAAGUUGCGUGGCCACCCUCCCUCCGCGCAGUCAGAUUCGGGGAAUGGUUCAACCAAUCCAUUGACCGAGUCUCUUGGCCCAAUGGGUUGCAAGAGCUCUACUUCGGGGGUAGGUUCAACCAACUCAUCGCCCAAGCAUCAUGGCCGGCUUCCCUUCGAGAGCUCGCGUUCGGGAGAGAUUUCAACCAACCCAUUGAUCAAGUGUUGUGGCCAGCCUCUCUCCGGAAGCUUUCCUUUGGAGAGUACUUCAAUCAUCCCAUCGCCCAUGUUUCGUGGCCGGGCGCCUUGCGAGAGCUGACAUUCGGGGAAAGGUUCGACCAGCACAUCGCCCUUGUUAGGUGGCCGGCCUCUCUCCGAUCACUCAAGUUCGGGGAAUGGUUCAACCAACCCAUCGCCGAAGUUUCGUGGCCCGAUGCAUUGCAGGAAAUAAAGUUCGGUCGGCACUUCCGCCAACGGAUGAUCGGCAUCGACUGGCCAAUGAGCCUACGCAAAAUAUACAUCAGUAGGCGUUCCGUUUUGGGGGAUCCCGGAUCAGGACGUGUGUCCGUCCUCUGCGGAAAUCGUGAGCUAUCGCUCCUCCGUUAUGUUUGAUGAGGUUCGAUGUUUGCCCACGCUGUCCAAAGGACGACCUUGCAUGAUGGAGACAGGGAAUUGGCCGGACAAGUUGGAAGGAUGUUGGAGAAGCAACGAGAGGUAAUAUCGACGGAAACGUUGGCUGGAUCCAAUCAAAGGCAUGAACGAAGGAAGUGUGGAUCGCGCAGAGAAUCAUGGUAGGUGGUAGUGACGAAUCCGGAAGAGUUGCGGAUACUCGCACGGAUUCUGUUUUGUCCAGCCGGGCAGCGCCGCGGGCACUUUUUGGACAACACAAUUUAUUGUAUAUGGCGGGCCUGGGUUUUCCACAAGGUUCGAGAAGAGGGUGUUUCGGCUACCACAAUAGUGAUGUAUGCUUUUUUUUUUUUGGUGCUGUGUGGUGGCUCCGGCUAAGCCAGGUCAUAAAAUUGACCUAUAUAAUGGCAGUUUUCAGUGAAUCCGUAAGCCACUACUGUAUGUGGUCUAUUAAUUGUGAUUUGUUACUCUCCAUAGUUCCAGUACGAGGCAGGUUCGAGCCUUGGGUCGUGCAUUCUGUUUUUUCAUCCGCUUUUUUUCCCUAUUUUUUCUAUUUUGCCCCCUCGAUUUUCGUUCAAAGGUAGGCAAAAAUCACAUCUAUAUGUCAGAUAGAGACUAAAUCACCCCGGAUGACAACAAAAUUUUGCAUGGUGUCUAUUCUAGGGGUGCUUGCCACGAUGCCGAAGAAAAAACGGGCAAAAAACACUUGAAAUCUCUCUGCGUGGUGCCCAAAGUAGGCCAUUUCAUCGGUUAGGUCGUGUUAUAAGCUAACGUUCGAUAACUCUCUGUCGCCACAAAUCGUCAAGACACCCGAGAACGACCUCUCAGAGCGGGGGUUCCGUUAAGUGGUCUUUAAGCGGCACAUUUUGUUUAUUUGCCGCUUGUUUAUGUUGAAGUAGAUGUUGAGAUUGUAAACAUCGCCGCCAAGAAAGAGCACACGAGGCUUCGCCGCCCUCAGCUUCGGAAGUGGCAGCAUGCGCACGACGAUCAACUAAGAAUUUUUCCGAGACAAACACUCUGCAGAACGACCGGUGCCAAUUGGCCACAGCCAAGAGACCGCGUGAACUGCCUCCUCCUGUUGCAGCAGGCGGAUGACACCCUUCAUUCAGCCCCCGCACCAUCUCGCGGUGGGCUUGCAUUGAACUGAAUCUGCAAAAAUACGAUGUAGUCAAGUCCAGGGGCGUGCCGAUGAACCCUUCGUCUUCUUCCCCCUCAUCGCUGUCGCACGGAAACCGAACGCCCGAUGUCGCGUCCGCCCGGGCUUCAAGUAGCAAGCGCGUGAAUCUGGGAGCAAAAAAGCUGCCCGGAUUGAAUGUGCUCACCAGCGGAGGCGAGUUGGUGGGAGGG